AUGGCGUGCAAUUCGGCCGCUGGGGAGUCCAGGACACGGCAACCGUGCUUAGACUUCAACGAAACUCGCCUACCCGAGUAUCACGAAGCCUUUGCUAACCCACAAGUGAAAUUCAAUCCCGCCCUCAGACUAUACGCGCCAGUCUCGAAAGACGACAAUAUGAGUCAAGCGGCAACAGAUGACCAAAAGAAGUUUCAACUGCUGCCCAAACAGUCAAAAAACUCCUCAUCCAACCCACCGCGGCGGCCGUUCUGGGAUGAAAUGCUCCUCCCGGCCAUGGCCCAGCUCAGCACUAAUCGCGAUGAACCAGCCGGGCUCGUCGGCACGCUUAAUAGCAUCCGCGCUGCAGCAGGAUGGCCCGAGAUUAUCAACACGCUCGAGGUAGCCAGGGCAAAAUACUACAAUUACUCAGGCUUCAUCGGCUUCUGGAAGAAGACAAGCCAUAAGUUUGCCGACCACGCCAACAACGGGAAGAUGCUCUUUUCGCUUCUGCCGGACUCGGACUAUACAUCAGUAGUCCAUUGCGUGUUUGACGUUAUCUUUGAUGCAGCCAAAAGGACAGCCGAGAUUCGAGAGGAAGUUGAGGGAACACUACGCCAAAUGCGGGAGAAACUGUCAGAUGUGGAACGCAUCGUUGCACUUUGCGCCAAUGAUGACGACCAUAUUGUUUCUGCGGCUAUGAACGUGCUUGUUUCAGUGCUCCAAGCGUUGGAGGACAUUGUUCUCUACUACUCAUCAAAGAGAGGGUUGAAGAUGACGGCUACUAUCUUGUGGAAGAAUGACGAAUACAGAGCAGAUCUCUCAAAAUGCCUUGCCGAGAUUAAUUCGAGCAGCAAGCGGCUAAUCGAAGAGGCCAGCUUAUCGCACAUCCGCGCAACUCGGUCAGUGAAUAUAAUAGCAUCAAAAGGUCUAGAGAAAUUAAAAAAGCUGCAACUGGGCCAACUCAAGAUGUUGAGAGAGCAGAAGAGAAUAGCAGACAAACAGUCAGAAAUGACCAUAUCUGGCCGCAAAAUUGCCAACAGGCAGGGGAAAUUGGCCACAGAUUUGAGCCGAGAGGCAGCGUCGAACCAACGAAACGCCAUUGCUAACGAAAGAAAUGCCGCCGCAAACAUAUCAAACGCCAUCAUCUCUGCCACAGCUAUGAACGGCUUUCUGAAGCUAUCCGAGGAAUGUUGCGCUGCUAAGAGCGAUCUAGAGAAAGCUCGGCAUCUGAACGUCAAACUCAUGGCUGAGUUGCGAGAAGAGCGCUCACGCAGUCGCGGGCGAUACCCUUUGUUGCCACCCGAGCCCAUAUCGCAGGACCAGCUCUUGCAAAUAUUCAACCUUGCCGACAGUGGCGAAGAGACCGACAUCGCCAACAUCUCCAACUCAGUCGCUCUCGUCAACCGCCGUGACCAGGGCCGCGCCGAGCAGCUCAUCAACAAUCCCCAGUUUCAAAAGUGGGUGGUGCAAACACAAUCGACCGAGCUUCUCGUGCACGGCCACAUGAAGCCCAGCCGGACAAGCGUAUCGGCUCUCUCGCUCUUCAGCGCUGGUAUUGUGCAGAGCCUGCGGCGAGAUCAACGGUUCUGCACCCUGGCCUUCUUCUGCGCCGAGCAUAGAGACGCCCAAGAUCCGCUGGCGGGCGGGAUUGGCAUUGUCAAGAGCCUCAUCGUUCAGCUUCUCAAUCAGUAUAACUUUGGCACUGAGGUAAAUCUGGAUAUGCUAGAAGACGACACGGAGCAGCUAUGCCAGCUUUUCAUCGGGUUGGUGCGGCUGAUGAAGAGCAACGUUACGCUUAUUUGCGUGCUCGAUAGUGUCAAUGUAUAUGAUGAUCCGGAGUUUAUGCAGGACCUGGGGGUAGAAAGGGUGCUGUAUGAGGUGCUGUCGUUGACGCGAGAUAGCAGGGUCCAAACAAGUAUUAAGAUUCUGCUAACGAGUCCAACAAAUACAGCUACGAUUUGGGGGGGGUUUGACGAGAGGGAUAUCGUCUCGAUGGCUGGACAACCGAAGGGAGAUAAACGGUUUGAUAAUAGUAGGCUCGCGCAGCAGGUAGAAGAUGUCUUUAUUAGUUGA